AUGGGUGAUUUACAUGUAUCUCUUCCAAUUGAAUUGAUUCUGGAGUUUCUAUCAAGACUACCAGUUAAAUCUCUGACGAGAUUAAGCUGCGCAAGUAAGUAUUUAUACAAUACCAUCAAUAAUCAGAAUCAGCAAUUCACUAAAUCUCAUUUUAUUAAUUAUUCCCCAAAAAAUCCAUUCCUUGUGUUUUGUAUUAAUUAUUAUUAUGGUACUGGGAAACAACAGCAACAGUGGCUGUUCAAAAGCUUGUUUCAUACUAGAGAUAUUAAAGAUGAUGGAAAUGAUAAUUACAAUGUCCAUUUGAGUAAAACAUUUAUAGAGGAAGAGAGAGGGGAUUUUGUUGGGUACUGCAAUGGUUUAAUAUGUUUUGGAAAUAUUACUACUGAAAUUGCUUUUGUCAUUGAUGUUUGGAACUCUACUACAAGAGAACUGUUACGCAUAGUCCCUCCUGUUGUAAGAGGAGGACGUUAUAAGCUCAUGUCUUGUGGAUUUGGGUUCGACUCCGUUAACAAUGAGUAUAAAUUGGUAAUUAUUGUCUUCAUGUUCGAAACCAAGUCUCUUAAGUGUUUCCUGUAUACUUUCGAAUCAAAUCUUCUUGGACAGAAGUCAGGUCUCCUGAUUCCGGAUUGUUUCGAAAAUCUACUUCAGCCACAUUCACUUCUGGAGCUUUGUUCUGGUUGA